AUGUUGCAUCAGCUCAACAUACUGAGAAAGGAAAUGUACAGAGGCUACUACACGUUGGACACCUUUAGGUUCAGAGCCCAUGAUGUUAAGAAGGAGAAAGAUCAUGGAGUGAGUUACUCCUUCAUCUUGUCUAAAUUCAAUCAUGCCAAACGUGUUUGCUUCCGCAGUGAUAGUGAUGAGAGGGUGAAGGAGCUCAAGGUUGUUGUAAGCCUAGAAACUAUCAUUGGAGAUGCCAAUGAGUUCAUAAAAUUAUCGAGCACAUACCCUUGUCUCUCCCGUCAGCCGCACAGCAUGUACUUGCUUCUGGACAAGUGCAUGUUUGGUCGGCAGAUGGAGAUGGAAUGUGUUAUCAACUUCCUGUUGCAUGGAGAGAUCACCUAUGGCGCUGACCAUCUGGGCGUCCUGCCCAUCAUCGGCCCAGGAAAAGUGGGCAAGAGCACCCUUGUCGAGCAUGCCUGCAUCGACGAGCGAGUGCGCAGCCACUUCUCGCAAAUUGUGUUCUUCAGCAAAGAUGGUCUUACACAUGGAAACAUAGUGACUCUCAAAGAUUGUGGUACAACCAAGCACCAGACCGAUGAUGCCCUGGGUGGAUCAAAAAGGAGGCUAGUUGUUGUUGAACUAGACGGUGAGAUCGACCAGGGUUUAUGGGAAAGAUUCUACUCGGCUUCGAAGAGUUGCUUCGCAUAUGGAAACCCCACAGAGAACCCCAAGCUGGCAUCAUUGGUGAUGGACAUGGCCAGCGAGAGAAACUGUAACGAGGCUCACAAUUACUCUGGCCUGAUUACGGCCUCUAGUCCUAGUGCAGCUUCGCAGAUAACGGUGCAAGAUAUCAUGUUUGGAACCGCUACGCCUCUAGGGCAAUUCAAGGUUCUUGCGUGGAGAUCUCACAUACCACCAUACUACAGUUGUGUAUUUGACUGUGAGAUAAAGAGGCCACCAACACGUAUGGUCUCUAGGAAGAAGAAGACCAAGAAGAUUGGCAUUUGA